AUGAACACUAUUACUACUGAUCCAUGUUGUCUCGAUCUUUGUGAACGUAAAGAAGUUGUUGUAAUAGGUAAUGGACCAUCCGCUAUUGUUCUAUCUUAUCUUCUCUCUGGUCAUGUACCUUAUUGGAAUGGAUGUCCUGUAUCAAAUGAUUAUUUAAAUAUUAAAUUGGAACAAUAUGUUAAAGAUACAUCAUUACUAGAACAGGAUUUCGAAUUUUUAUCUGAUGGACUUGAAGGUCGUUCAAGAAAUCCUGUUUCAUUACUUAUUGAUAAUUUAUUACAUCCUGAUGCUGAUCUUGGUGCACAUUUACAAUCAAAAAUAAAAUGGCGUCAUGAUCCAUCAUUAUCUAUAGAUCAUCUUUGUAUUGGACGUGGUGGAAUUGGUGGUGUUUGGAAUCAAUUAACAUCAAAACAAUUACAAACAAUUAGUAUGGCUGAUUGGAUGGAACUACCAAAUUAUUCAAUGUCUACAUUUCGACAACAACGUCGAUCAUGUCGAUGUAAUAAUUCAUUGACAACAAAUGAAAAUCAAUGUCAUCGAGCAACAUAUGAUGAAGUUCAUUCAUAUUAUAUGUAUUAUGUUAAACGAAAUCGUUUAACAAAUUAUUUUCGUAAUGGUCAUGAAAUAACAUCUAUUGAACGUGUUUGUAUUGAUGCACCAUAUUAUGAUGAUUUAAAUGAAGAAAUUCAUGCACCAGAACCAUUAUGGGAAAUACGCGGUUAUAAUGAACAAAAUAAAAAUCCAUUUGUAAUACAUGCUAAAUAUGUUGUAUUAGCAACAGGUAUGCCACAAAAAAUAACAAGAUCAUUAGGAAUUAUUGGUGAACAAGCAAGUCAAUCAUUUACUUAUACAACUUUACAUGAUAUAGAAGAAAUUAUUAUUAAUAAAAAACAAUUAACUAGUCAUAGUAAACCUUUACUUGUUGUUGGAUGUGGUCUAACAGCUGUAGAUGUACUUCUUUUAUGUCAACAAUAUUCAAUACCUGUUUUACAUGUAUUUCGUCGAACUAUUGAUGAUCAUGAACUUGUAUUGAAUCAAUUACCUGCUAAUGUUUAUCCUGAAUAUGAACGUAUAAGAGAAUUAAUUCGACAUUCAAUAUCUAUGUCCACUUCAUCCUCUUCUUCAUCAUCAUCAUCAUCUCAAUGGUCUUAUCAAUGUUUUCCACAAAGUGAAAUUCUAUCAAUAACCGAAGAUGGUACAGUACAUAUACGAAAUCUUCGUACACAAACAACAACGGAAUAUGAUAUAUCAUACGUGGCUAGAGUUACUGGAGCUGAUGUAACUAUACCUUUUCUUCCAUCGUUGACCGCGAAAAAAAAUAAUGGUCUUCACAUUGACCCAUAUACUUAUGAAUGUAUCGAUUUUGAAAAUGUCUAUGCAUUAGGUCCAUUAGCUGGAGAUAAACUUGUUCGUUUUUUACAAGGUGGCGCUCUUGCAUGUGCAGCAAGUCUGUUUAAGAAGCAUCGACAAGCAUCAUCUAAAAAUAAUAAUAGUAGACUAUUGUACUCCGUUACUUCUCGAGCUAGGAUUGUUGCGUAA